AUUGCUCUUACGGAAAAUAUCCCAAAAUUUUCUACACACGCUUUCCCCGCCAUAUGCUUCUCUGUCUAGGGCUUCCUCAUCUGUUCAACGCUCAAACCACUCUCUCACUCGAAACCCUAAUUUACUCCACAAUAACCCAAGAUUUCUGCGUUUGAAGUCAAAAUGAUUGUUCAUACAUGUGUGUGUUCUGUAUAUCGUUGUAUCGCCGAUUGAUCGAUGUCGAAUUCCGGCGGUGGAGUCCCCCGAGGCAUCAGCCUCUCGAACACAAUCCAUUCGGAGGUAGCGCCGUGCUUGCCUCUGCCGUCUCUGCCGGUGUUCUGCGGCGCGGUCGAUCAGGAGCUCCGGUUGUUUGAUGAGCCAAGUGGUUCGAGAUCCUUGAAUCGAAAUGAUGUUCUUCGUCAGGCUAGCAAGAUUGCUGAUCUUCUUCAGGACACUGAUGUCUCUUACUUGAGUCUGAGAGCUGAGGCAAAUUCUAUUUCUUAUGGCUUCGUGGAGCCCAUGAAUCUUUAUAGUGAAGUCCUUAGAUGCGAUUCCAAGGCAUUUGAGUUCUCUGUUCCAGGUCCUAUCAAGGAGCAAAUCGGUGGCAACACAGCAUCUGAAAAGAAGCAGUUUGAGGACAGUAUUCCUUCUACAAGUCAAUUGCAUAGAGACCAUGGAGGAACUUAUAAUCAUCAACCUGACUAUGUUCUUGCCAAUGAAGCAUUUACAUCGUCUAGAAAGCCUAAAGUAAAGAAGAAAGAAAAUGCUGACUUUCUAACAGUACCUGGUCCAGAACCCACCGAAGUUCAAGAUGCCAUUAUUGGAGGCUUUUGUGAGGUGUUGGAGGAUUUCUGUGGCAGAGCUGAAAUUCUGAGUGAUGAUCGGGAUGAAGCAGAGUGGUUACCGAUGUCUGGUGCUGAUCUUAGAAUGCUUGUGAAUGAGAUUAUGUCUAUCCGUGCAAAAAAAAUCCUACAUUUGGUUCGUGUAGAUAUUCUUGUGAGAUUGCUUAGGGUUUUAGAUCAUCAGAUUCAUCGAGCAGAAGGUUUAUCAGUUAAUGAAUGUGAACACUCAGAUACUGAUGUAGUGUCCUCAGUUUGUGGUGCUCUGGAGUCCAUUCAUGCAGCUCUAGCAAUAAUGGCUAAUAACGACAUGCCAAAGCAGCUUUAUAAUGAAGAGAUCAUUGAAAGAAUUUUGGAGUUCUCUAGGCGUCAAAUCAUGGACAUUAUGUGUGCUUGCGACCCAGUAUAUCGUGCUUUGCACAAACCAAGUGAAAAUGGGUUUGUUGAAGGUGAAGAAGAUGACGAAGGUGAUGCAGAUUUUGGUUCUGCAAGCAAGAAAAGACGUACUUUUAGGAGUGGGAAAGUGAAAAAAUCAGCAGUAAACAAGAUUUCUGCUGCUGUGAAUAUUAUACUUCAGAAACUGUGCACUAUUCUUGGUUUUCUUAAGGAAGUGUUGUCAAUUGAGCGUCUAUCAGAUAGUUGCAUCCUGCAAUUAGUGAAGACAAGCUUCGCGACAUUGUUGGUGGAUAAUAUCCAGCUCUUGCAACUAAAAGCAAUAAGUUUGAUUAGUGGGAUUUUUUAUACAUACACACAGCAUCGGACUUAUGUGAUGGAUGAAGUUCUUCAGUUGCUUUUGAAGUUACCAUUCUCAAAGCGAAUACCAAGAACGUAUCAUCUACCUGAUGAAGAACAGAGCCAGAUUCAGAUGUUCACUGCUUUGCUGAUUCAGUUGGUUCACUGCAGUGCUAACCUUCCUGAGGCUUUAAGGAAAGCACCAAACAGUAAUCCUAUUUUAGAAGUCCCAACUGAUGCCAAUUACCCUGGCAAAUGUCACGAGGCUGUCACAGAGACAUGUUGCCUUUUCUGGAGUCGAGUUCUUCAGCGGUUUACUAGUACGAAGACACAGGAUGUUUCUGAGUUGAAGACGAUGGUAGAGAAUCUUGUUACGGAUUUGCUGACAACAUUGAAUUUACCUGAAUAUCCUGCUGCUGCUCCCAUUCUGGAGGUGCUUUGUGUCUUACUACUCCAGAAUGCUGGGUUGAAAUCUAAAGAUAUUUCUGCAAGAUCAAUGGCCAUUGACCUUCUUGGUACAAUUGCUGCGAGGUUGAAACACGAUGCUGUGCUUUCCAGGAAGGAAAAGUUUUGGAUAGUGCAGGAGUUGAUUAGUGGAGACGAUGUUGAUCGUAGUUUCCCGAAAGAUGCAUGUUCUGUAUGUUUAGAUGGAAAGAUUGAUAAAUCAUUGCUUGUAUGUCAAGAUUGUCUGAGAUUAUUUCAUGCAGAAUGCAUGGGAGUGAGAGAACAUGAAGUUCCUACUCGUGGCUGGUAUUGUCAAUUUUGCCUGUGCAGGAAGCAGCUUCUUGUUUUAAAAUCAUACUGCAAGUCGCAGUGCAAGCAUGAUGGGAAAAAUAAUCAUAGCCUGUCAGAAAAAUCUUCUAAAGCUACUGAUCUAAUCACAAAUUUGGAGAUUGUUCAACAGAUGUUAUUGAAUUACCUCCAAGAGGCAGCGUCUGCUGAUGAUGUGCAUAUAUUUACUCGCUGGUUUUAUAUUUGUUUGUGGUGCAAAGAUGAUCCAAAUUCUCAACAAAACUUCUUCUACUACCUUGCUAGAGUGAAAUCAAAAGCAAUUCUGCGUGACUCUGGGGUUGUUUCUUCUUUAUUGUCAAGGAAUUCAGUCAAGAAGAUAACUUUAGCAUUGGGUCAAAACAACUCUUUCUCCAGAGGAUUUGAUAAGAUUCUUCAUAUGCUUCUGGCAAGUUUAAGGGAGAACUCUCCUGUAAUCCGUGCCAAAGCAUUACGAGCGGUUAGUAUAAUUGUAGAAGCUGAUCCAGAGGUUUUGUGCGACAAAUUUGUCCAAACGGCUGUCGAAGGAAGGUUCUGUGAUUCCGCAAUAUCUGUCCGAGAAGCAGCACUAGAGCUUGUUGGUCGGCAUAUUGCCUCUCAUCCUGACGUUGGUUUGAAGUACUUUGAGAAGGUUGCCGAGAGAAUAAAGGAUACUGGAGUAAGUGUUCGAAAACGAGCAAUUAAAAUCAUAAGAGAUAUGUGCACUUCAAAUACUAACUUCUCAGAAUUUACAAGUGCUUGCAUUGAGAUCAUUUCUCGUGUUAGUGAUGAAGAAUCAAGUAUUCAGGAUCUUGUCUGCAAGACAUUUUAUGAGUUCUGGUUUGAGGACCCUGGUGGUUCGCAGACUCAUCUUUUUGGAGAUGGUAGCUCUGUUCCACUGGAAGUGUCAAAGAAGACUGAGCAGAUUGUUGAGAUGUUGAGGAAGAUGCCAAAUCAUCAAGUUCUUGUGACUGUGAUUAAGCGCAACUUAGCCCUUGAUUUUUUUUCGCAAUCAGUUAAAGCUGUUGGUAUUAACCCUGUCUCGCUCGCAUCAGUACGCAAGCGCUGUGAGUUAAUGUGCAAGUGCUUGUUGGAAAGAAUAUUGCAGGUGGUGGAAAUGAACAGUGAGGAAGUGGAGGGGCACACACUUCCUUAUGUGCUGCUCUUGCAUGCCUUUUGUAUCGUGGAUCCCACACUCUGUGCACCAGCUUCUGAUCCUUCCCAGUUUGUGGUCACUCUACAGCCAUAUCUGAAGAGUCAGGCUGACAAUCGAGUAGUCGCACAGCUACUGGAGAGUAUAAUCUUUGUAAUUAAUUCUGUUCUGCCCAUGCUUCGAAAGCUUCCUCAAAGUUUUGUUGAAGAACUUGAACAGGACCUGAAGCAAAUGAUUGUUCGUCAUUCUUUCUUGACGGUUGUCCAUGCCUGCAUCAAGUGCCUUUGCUCUUUGAGUAAAGUAGCGGGAAAAGGUGCAACUGUAGUUGAGUAUCUUAUUCAGGUGUUUUUUAAACGUUUGGAUGCCUUAGGGUUUGAUAACAAGCAGCAAGUUGGGCGGUCUCUCUUCUGUCUUGGAUUGCUGAUUCGUUAUGGUGACUCUUUGCCAAUUACAACCUUGUCCAGCAACAAAAAUAUAAAUGUUGUGAGGAGCCUCGACUUGUUUAAAAAAUAUCUUCGUGCAGAGGAUUUUGUUAUAAAGGUCAGAUCGUUGCAGGCACUGGGUUAUGUCUUAAUUGCUAGGCCUGAAUAUAUGUUGGAAAAGGAUGUUAGGAAAAUUUUUGAGGCAACACUAUCAUCUGGUACUGAUGCUCGUUUUAAGCUGCAAGCUCUGCAAAACAUGUAUGAAUAUCUUCUUGAUGCGGAAAGUCAAAUGGAAUUGGACAAAGCCAAUGAUAAUGUAGUUAAUUACUCCGUAGAUGGUGGCCAUAGUGUGCCUGUUGCUGCGGGAGCAGGUGAUACUAACAUCUGUGGGGGAAUAGUUCAAUUGUAUUGGGAUAGCAUCUUGGGGAGAUGUGUGGAUGUGAAUGAUCAAGUUCGCCAAUCUGCUCUCAAGAUUGUGGAAGUUGUGCUACGUCAAGGUUUAGUCCAUCCUAUUACUUGUGUUCCAUACCUUAUAGCUCUUGAAACAGAUCCACAGGAGGCGAACUCGAAGCUGGCACAUCAUUUGCUGAUGAAUAUGAAUGAGAAGUAUCCUGCAUUUUUUGAAAGCCGUUUGGGCGAUGGUCUUCAGAUGUCAUUUAUCUUCAUACAAUCCACAAGUGCAAUUUAUCAUGAAAUUUCAAACCCAAAGGUCCGACCAAAGGUGCCUAGUAGUAUGAAAGGGAAAUCAGAUGAUGUUUCUUUCUCUUAUGCAAGACUUGGGGUUUCUCGAAUCUACAAGCUUAUCCGUGUGAAUCGCGUUGCAAGGAACAAAUUCAUGUCCUCAGUAGUGCGAAAAUUUGAUACUCCAAGCUGCAAUGGUUCAGUAAUUCCUUUUCUGAUGUAUUGCACUGAAAUCCUUGCUUUGCUCCCUUUCACACUGCCUGAUGAGCCUCUGUAUUUGAUAUAUGCUAUAAAUCGGGUUAUACAAGUUAGAGCUGGGACGCUGGAAGCAAGUAUGAAAGCCUUUCUGCACUUGUCACAAGGAGAGGGCCAGAAAAUACCACAUGCGAAUGGGAUCAUUCAGCUUGAGCCAUCUGUGCAACCUUUUUCCAAUCAUACUGUAUCAAUUAAUGUAAAUGGGACAGUUAAAGAAGAGUCGUCUGUUCAGCCUAUUUCUAAUCAUACUGGAAUUGUAGAUUCAAAUUUGCAGUCUGUGACUGUAGACAACUCUUGUGGCAUUUCUGGAGAGAAUCUGCAGAAAAUCCAGUCCGACUGUCUUGCGGCUAUUGCAUUGCAACUACUUAUGAAGCUAAAGAGGCACCUCAAAAUUGUAUAUGGUCUAAAUGAUGCUCGAUGUCAGGCAUUUUCUCCAAAUGAACCUCCCAAACCAGGGGAUGUACUCACGAGGCAGAAUAUGCCAUUCAACGUCAGUGAAACACGCAUCAAUCUGCCUACUACUUAUCAAGAAGUGUCGGAAAGAUAUCAGGAAUUCAAGAGUGCCUUGAAGGACGACACUGUUGAUUAUUCAAUUUACACAGCAAACAUUAAGAGAAAGCGUCCUGCUCCCAGAAGAGGCGCAAAGGCUGGCCGAACAGCAGGAAGAUAUGAAGACGACGAAGAUGAUGAUGACGACGAGGAUUGGACAAGUGGAAGCAGGCGGCUAAAUAACAGUGGCAGGAAAGGCGCCAGCAGUAGAGGUAGGCAGCGGUAGUUGUAAAUACAUUACAGGUAAAGCUAACAUGUACAUUAUGUAGUAGGGAAAAGAGUGAAAAGAAAAUGGAUAGAUGGGUAGAAUGAGAGAGAGGGAGGUAAUAUGGAAACAGAAGAAUGAAAUCAAAAGAAAUGUGAUAUUAGAGGAGGCUAUGGUGGGAAGAGCGCCUUUUGGAAAUGUUUCCAUAAUGUAAUUUUUAUAGUCUUUAAUAGUAAUUGUGCACCCAUUUUUUGUCCACGGAAUCCAUCCUUUUUAGACAGAUAAUGUGGAAGGCAUGCAAAUUGCACUUUGCGAAGCUGUGAUAGCCGGUCUCAAAGUUCUUUUUAGGGAUUAAUUUUGGAAUUUUUGCACA